UGGUACUUUCCGAAACACGAAACCAGGAAGCCAGGAAGUCCACAAACCACAAAUCAAUACACAACAACACACUGACAUACUGCCACUGCCACUGCCACUGCCUCUGCUUCAGCUUACCCCUUACACAUUGUUGAUUUAAAAGCUAUUACUUUUCACCUGAGGUGAAAUGCAUUGGAAUGUUUGAGGAUAUUUGCUUUAUUCCUUCCUAUUUUAGCACCCUAGAUCUACAUAAGAUUGUGCUGGUCAUUACUAACAGUCAUUGUAAGUUGUGAGGACUGGACUGUCAAAUGAAGUGAAAAGAUGAUUCCUCGCACUUGAUGUCCUGACGUGGCAAAUACACUUAUCUGGGUUCGUAAACCGAUCACUCAACGAUCGCAUCCAUGGGCAAGAUGGACAAUAAUGGCAAGCAAAAGGAGACUUCAAUGGUUUUGGACUUGUCUGAUUUUGUCACUGAAGUCGACAGAUUUUCUCGGCUAAUUGAACCAUUUGCUCUGAUACUUUACACUGUUGAUGAUAUAAGAAGAUGGCGUUUUCGAAAUGGAACUAUUCUUGUUUGGUUUCUCUGUAACCUUGCCUGCAUAUGGCUUACGCAAGGGGCAGUCUUCAUUCUCGCAUCAAGUGCCAUCAUUGGUGUAGCUACGCUGUCUUUGUUUCAAAUUCACACUCAAAUUUUGAGCAAAGUGUUGCCCAGUAACAAAAAGUCGCCCUCAGUGGUGGAUGGAGAGCAGCAAGAUGGUGCUUUGGACACUGUACAGAAUUUCCGAUACAGCCUCAUUGAAAUGCAUGACUUUGUCGUUAAGAGCAACGAAUACCUCAGUUAUUUUUACUCCAUUCUCAAGUGGGAUGCUGUUGGACCAUCAGCAAUCUAUCAUGUUCAAGUAUGCAUUUUUUUGCUGAGUAUGGUCAUGUGUCCAGCAAGAUGGAAUUGCUUUUUGGUCAUCAAUUGGUUUUUCCUCUGUCAUCCACACAUAUUAAAAAAGGGCUACUCCUACAUCAAAGAGAACAUUCUGUCCUCUGCUCAAGCUUCUGUACAAAGUAAUGGAAAAGCUGGGUCUGCCAAAAAUAAAGAGACGUUAGCAUCAGACAGUAAUGAGAAGGACAAAGAUGUCAGUGAGGAGAACAUGGCCGAUGGUGAUGAUGAGUACGAUAGCUCUGACCUUGAUAUGACUGACGAGGUUGGAGACAAAUCUAUGAUAAACUUGGAGCCAUCACCCAGUAAACCUGGUAUGGUUGCCAGAUUGAUGGAAAUUAAAAAGAGAAGGAAGCAGAUAGCCAGUGAGAGCUGCCUAGGUUGCAAAGUCUCCUUUGCUUCUAUAUUGAAAAAGCGAUCGUAUUGUCGGCACUGUGGCUACAGUUUUUGUAACCGAUGUUGUUACCAAAAAGUUCCCCGCUCAGUAUUUGGAGCUACCUCCCCAGCAGCCAUGAAGGAGACGGUGCUAGUGUGUUGCUCCUGCCAUGCCCUACUGGUCAGCCGGGGAGAUGUGACUGCUGAGGCCCCUGCAAACCAAGGGCCUGGAUGACCGAAGCGCCACUGACGUGUCAAUCUGAACUCCGUGUCUGGCACUGAGUGGAGAAGUUAAAGCCAUUGUCCAGCUUAGGAGUCUGUAUGCUGAUUAUGAGUAUGAGGCAGGGUUUUCACUGCACUGCAAAUGUUCACCUGAUCGUGUGCUUUUGGUUGACUCAUUAAUUUGUGUAGCUGCAGACCACAAUCAUGAAUGUUUUAAAUUUUAGUUUCUAGAUGUUGGAAAAAAAUCAUGACAUGUACAUCUCCUCUUGAUUAUGUGUUCAUAUUUAUUUAUUGCAUGAAUUUUUAUUCUAAACUUAUAUCCGGGGUAGAUACCGUCCUUGUCCUUUGUUUUGAAUUAGUUUUAAUUUCUCUCCUCCUGUAUGUAUUAGCAAUUUGGGUGGCCAUGUUUGUGCCUGUAUCAGAUAAAUGUAGUUUCCACGUGCUAAUGAAACCACAAGCCCCAUUUUUCUGAAGGCUGGAUGUUUGCAGGUGAAUGGAAAAGUAUACUGGUGACUAAGCAGCAAUGAGAAAGAAAGCCUUAUACUGUACUUUCUGUGAGGUGGUAAAGGGCACCAGCUCUCAUCGCCAGAGAAGUCUUCAUUACACAUUUUUUAUCUUGCACCGAGCUGAGUUGCCUGUUUACAGAGGGAGCUGGUUAGGUUGUCUUUUAUUUAACACAUGUAUGUAGUAACAUUGUUAGGAGAAUAGAUCCCUGUUUCCUCUUGUAAAGAAAGAAAAUCAAAGUAAUAAUAUGAAUGAGACUGAAUGAAAAUCAAAAAGAUGGGUAUGCUAAAGACAGUCUGUUUUUUUGCCUUAGUAUCCCUAGACGGGUGUGAGCUUUGCGUACUUAAUGACAUGUGGACACCUGAGUCAGGAACUAAAUAUUUUUUCUCGUAAUGUUAAGAUCAUUUUAUUUAAUAAUAAACUGAAAUUAUGCUUUGCAAUAUAAAAAAAAAAAAAUGAAAUUGAGUACCUGUUCCAAGAAAAUCUAAACUAAGUAAAAGAUAUGAACAUGAUAUUAAUUUGUGAAAAACAUUAUUUUUUUUACUGUUUGGAUUGUUCGAUAUCCUGUUACCUGUGAUCACUGGGUUGAUAAGUCUAGUCGAAGAAAAGCAUUUCUGGUGUACAGGAAGUGGGAGACGGGGUUAGUCUGAUAUUUGUUUCUUGUCUUUUUUCUCACUAUUCCCUGCACCCUCAAGUAAGAGCCUCUGUUAAAAUGAGUUGCUCCUUUCUUUGUUUAUUUACCAAAAAA